AUGGGCCAACAGGGCAUAUCUGAUGUUACCCAGUUACCCGCUAAAACAUCGCUCGCGUCUCAACAAGCCCAUGGUAAGGUGACAUGUUGCUUGUUUGGCUAUGCCAUGGAUGCGGAAGAUGACCCUGGGGUCCAAUGCAACCAAGGUAAAUGCUAUCAUAUCCGCCUUCAACCUUCAGAGAGAUCUCUUACGAUUGUAAAGGGAUGCGGUGUCCAAGUUGCGUCCAGAUAUACUGUUCUCCAUCCAUGUCACCAUAGCCCCAUUCAUCCAGCCAGCGAAAAGCGGACUAUGGGCGCGAAAAACUGGGGUGGCUCCAGCCCAAGUGGGAGGGAGUUGGUGCGGCAGAGGGGAACGUGUAGUGUAGAGGUCGAGGAUCAGCUCAGCCGACCCAACUGA